GGGAGGGCUAGUGAGCCGCAGCCGUCGCCUCCUCCUCCGCUCGCCCUCCCUGGCGCUGACCGAUGGACCAGCUGCUCCGUGGGGAGGACUCCGGACCCUGGUGGGGGGAUGGGGGCCCUUCCGCCCCUGUUGUGGAGGGACCCUAAGAGGGGUUUGCGGGCAUGCCCUCGGGGAGGAGGUGGCGGGGAGCGUGAGGAAAAGUCUGAGCUCUGAAGGUGGUGGUAGUGGUGGUGGGGGGUUCACCCUGAUUCGCCCCUCGCAGUACUUGAUUUUUCCGCUGAGCCAGCCACCGGAAUGAAGUUUGGGGAGGAGAUUCUUCAUUGCAGCGGCCUCACUGCCGAGAACCACCACCCUCCAGGCGUCCUGCGGCCACACCCUGGCGGGCCGAAGUUGGCUACGCCCACACAGGCCCCUCCAGUCCUGCCGGUUUGGCCAAUGGAGGAGCAACGACCUGCCCGAGCUUGGGAGUCGCCAGUCGCACCCGGCCUGGACUCCUGGGAAGACUUUGUUGGAGGGGGAGUUGGGGAGAGGGUGCUGCACCCCUGCCAACCUCCUCCUUUCCCUGGAGUCGCCGAACCCCAGCGCAGCCAAUUGGCUCGGAGAUAUGGCGGGUUGCCGCUUCCCAGUGGGUCUAUGCGGCACUCUUUUGCCUGGUGACUGACGCCUUGGAAAUGAGGUUUGUGACGUCAUCGCUUCGGCCGACCAAUAGAAGACGCUCCCGCGGAGAGGCGUUCCUCCCCUUUCGACUGGGCGGCUUCAUGCGCGUGAGCGAGCGCGCGCGCGCGGAGAGGGUGGGGAAAAUCUCGAGCACGGUGGCGCGCAUGAGCGGCGAAGCUCCUCCCCCCUGCCUAUAUAUAAAGGGCUGGCGCGGGGCUCGGCGGCGCCAUUUCGCGCUGGAGUGGAGCAGCCUCUAGAACGGGCUGGAGGAUUCUGCCUACUGAUACAGCCUUCGGGUCGUCGGGGCCCGCCAUUACAAUCCACGUCCAUCCGCUUGGAAAUGGCCUUCGUCUCGGCCUAUGACCGGUCCCGGCGGGCAGUACAGACCCCGUAGAAGCCCCCGAAGCUCCCCUUUUUCGGGCCCCGCCCAAUCCUCGGAAUCUGUCCACCCCCUCUACUCCGCCCUCAAGAGGAUUUCAAAGAUGGAGGCGGCGGCUCCCUAAACCACUUUCCGUGUUCAUCCGCCUCCAUCGAGAUCGAAACGGGACCUCGUCCGCUCCGGACAGUCCCAGCAGGAAGAGGGGAUUCUUGCAGACCAACAGCAGGCAAUAUUGACGACGGUGUCUGGGAUCGGGGGCCUUCCUAGGGUUUGAAGAGUCCGUUCCCCCCUUUGCUCGCCCGACUUUGCUGAGGCCGCCGCCAUUUUCUCGCUGUCCGCCUCCUGCGGAGCGCGCCAAGCUGCCGGGAGCUUUCCGAGAAGCAGUGGAGGAGACUGCUUUCGUGCCAGCCCGGUGGGAGGGUUGUCGCCUGGAGAGCAAGGGCGGCGGGCCCCCCCGCCCCACUUCCCGGGUUAUGCUGGACCGGGCGGUAAGGGGAACCGAGGCCACCCGGACUUUCCGCGGUUGAGGGCAGCGCCGGUUCCCCACUGUCAAGAUGCUGCAAAACGUGACUCCCCAUAACAAGCUCCCUGGGGAGGGGAAUGCAGGGUUAUUGGGGCUGGGCCCAGAGGCUGCAGCACCAGGGAAAAGGAUUCGAAAGCCCUCCCUAUUGUAUGAGGGUUUUGAAAGCCCCACAAUGGCUUCAGUGCCAGCUUUGCAACUGACCCCUGCCAACCCACCGCCUCCAGAGGUGUCCAACCCCAAAAAGCCAGGACGGGUUACCAACCAGCUGCAGUACCUGCACAAGGUGGUGAUGAAGGCUCUGUGGAAACAUCAGUUUGCAUGGCCCUUCCGGCAGCCUGUGGAUGCCGUCAAACUGGGUCUGCCGAUUCCCACCCCGGGUUGGGAGAGGACCACGGUGGCCAAAAUUCUUAGCUUCUUCCUCUCCCUCAUGCAGCCCAUGGAUAGCCAGCCCCAGAGGAUUAUCAUAAAAUUAUAAAGCAGCCUAUGGACAUGGGUACUAUUAAGAGGAGACUUGAAAACAACUAUUAUUGGGCUGCCUCAGAGUGUAUGCAGGAUUUUAACACCAUGUUUACCAACUGUUACAUCUAUAACAAGCCCACUGAUGAUAUUGUCCUGAUGGCACAAACGCUGGAAAAGAUAUUCCUACAGAAAGUGGCAUCAAUGCCACAAGAGGAACAAGAGCUUGUGGUGACUAUCCCUAAGAACAGCCACAAGAAGGGGGCCAAAUUGGCAGCACUCCAGGGCAGUAUCACCAGCGCCCAUCAGGUGCCUGCUGUCUCUUCCGUAUCGCACACAGCCCUGUAUACUCCGCCUCCUGAGAUACCUACCACUGUCCUCAACAUUCCCCACCCAUCGGUCAUCUCUUCUCCCCUUCUCAAGUCCUUGCAUUCCGCCGGACCCUCACUCCUUGCUGUCUCUGCAGCUCCCCCAGCCCAGCCCCUUGCCAAGAAAAAAGGGGUAAAGCGGAAAGCAGAUACUACCACCCCUACACCUACAGCCAUCUUGGCUCCUGGUUCCCCAGCUAGCCCCCCAGGGGGUCUUGAGCCUAAGGCAGCACGGCUUCCUCCUAUGCGCAGAGAGAGCGGCCGCCCCAUCAAGCCCCCACGCAAAGAUUUGCCUGACUCUCAGCAACAACACCAGAGCUCCAAGAAAGGAAAGCUAUCAGAACAGUUAAAACAUUGCAAUGGCAUUUUGAAGGAGUUAUUGUCUAAGAAGCAUGCUGCCUAUGCCUGGCCUUUCUAUAAACCCGUGGACGCUUCUGCUCUUGGCCUGCAUGACUACCAUGACAUCAUUAAGCACCCCAUGGACCUCAGCACUGUCAAGCGGAAGAUGGAGAAUCGGGAUUACCGGGAUGCACAGGAGUUCGCUGCUGAUGUGCGGCUUAUGUUCUCCAACUGCUAUAAGUACAACCCCCCAGACCAUGAUGUUGUGGCCAUGGCACGAAAGCUACAGGAUGUGUUUGAGUUCCGUUAUGCCAAGAUGCCAGAUGAACCACUGGAACCAGGGCCUCUGCCAGUCUCUACUGCCUUGCCUGCUGGCCUGGCCAAAUCAUCUUCAGACUCCUCUAGUGAGGAAAGUAGCAGUGAGAGCUCUUCUGAGGAAGAGGAGGAGGAAGAUGAAGAGGAUGAAGAGGAAGAAGAAGAGAGUGAAAGCUCUGACUCUGAGGAAGAAAGGGCUCAUCGCUUAGCUGAACUACAGGAACAGCUUCGGGCAGUACAUGAACAACUGGCUGCCCUGUCCCAAGGCCCAAUAUCUAAGCCUAAGCGGAAGAGAGAGAAAAAAGAAAAAAAGAAGAAACGGAAGGCAGAGAAGCAUCGAGGCCGGGCUGGGGUAGAUGAAGAUGACAAGGGGCCUCGGGCACCCCGCCUUUCUCAGCCCAAGAAGUCCAAGAAAGCAAGUGGCACUGGGGGUGGCAGUGCUGCCACACUAGGCCCCCCUGGCUUUGGAUCUUCUGGAGGAAGCGGCACCAAACUGCCCAAAAAGACCACCAAGACAGCCCCACCUACCUUGCCUACAGGCUACGAUUCAGAGGAGGAAGAAGAAAGCAGGCCCAUGAGUUACGAUGAGAAGCGGCAGUUGAGCCUGGACAUCAACAAACUGCCUGGGGAGAAGCUGGGUCGAGUUGUGCACAUAAUCCAAGCCCGGGAGCCAUCUUUACGUGACUCGAACCCAGAGGAGAUUGAGAUUGAUUUUGAAACGCUCAAGCCAUCCACGCUUAGAGAGCUUGAACGCUAUGUCCUGUCUUGCCUACGAAAGAAACCUCGGAAGCCCUACACCAUUAAAAAACCUGUGGGAAAGACAAAGGAGGAACUGGCUUUGGAGAAAAAGCGGGAGCUAGAAAAGCGGUUACAGGAUGUUAGUGGGCAACUCAACUCCACCAAAAAGCCCCCUAAGAAAGCAAGUGAGAAAACAGAGUCGUUGUCGGCACAGCAAGUAGCGGUGUCCCGCCUCAGCGCUUCCAGCUCCAGCUCAGACUCCAGCUCCUCCUCGUCCUCUUCCUCUUCUUCAGACACCAGUGAUUCGGACUCAGGCUGAGGGGCCAGCCCCAAUGGGGCAGGAGGCUCCGCAGGACGGGACCCUUAGACCGCCCUGCCCCACCCCUUCCCCCUUGCUGUGACACUUCCUCAUCUCACCCCCUCCCCCCACUGUAGGAGAGCUGGCUCUGCAGGGGGGAGGGAUGCAGGGACAUUACUGAAAGAGGGACAUAAUGGACAAAAGAUUGAGUUCCCAGCCCUGUUGAGUAAUCUCUUGGGUAUAGAGCCCCCAUUCAAAAUGGGGCAGGGCAGGUGUACAGGGUGAGUGAAGGCCCGGAUAGGGAGUGACCCGAGGCCGAAGCUGCCCGCCCUGUUCACUUCUAAAGGCCCAGGUGGUUCUAAUUUAUUUUAAGCUAGGCAAGGCUGCGGGGUGUGGGUCGUGGUCCCCUCUGCCUCCAUGGGGAGGGAAGAGGGGAGCUCAUUUUUUACGUUGACAUUUUUUUCUACUCUGUUUUCUUUCUCCAUUUGGGGCCACGGGGGGUUUCUGUCAUCUCCUCAUUUGGUCCCCUGGAUUGUCUUUGUUGAUUCUAACUUGUAAAUAAAGAAAAUAUUAUUCGA